CGUUGAUGCAUUUGUAUCCGUCCAUAAACAACAAACAGAAAGAAAAGAGAACGAAGAAGAAAAAGCCUCUCGAGUCACGAAUCUCCAUUUCUGCAACAACAAACCGCCAUGGCUUUUCUAACUCGAACAUCUUCACGUUUCUCUCAAUUAGCAUCACCACAACGUGUAGUUUCUCUCCACACAACUCUCCCAUCUCUAUCUUCAACCACACCUACACCUUAUGCUCCACCACCACCUCCAUCGGCUUCUUCUCCCGUCGGCAUUUCCAAAACUGCCGAAUAUGUGAUCUCUAAGGUUGAUGAUCUCAUGAAUUGGGCUCGUCGUGGUUCAAUUUGGCCUAUGACUUUUGGACUCGCUUGUUGUGCUGUUGAAAUGAUGCAUACUGGUGGUGCUCGUUACGAUCUGGAUCGAUUUGGUAUCAUUUUCAGACCUAGUCCUCGUCAAUCUGAUUGCAUGAUUGUUGCUGGUACUCUUACCAAUAAGAUGGCACCUGCUCUUCGCAAGGUUUAUGACCAAAUGCCCGAGCCUAGAUGGGUUGUCUCCAUGGGAAGUUGUGCUAAUGGAGGAGGAUACUACCACUACUCUUACUCAGUUGUCCGGGGAUGUGACAGGAUAGUUCCUGUUGAUAUUUAUGUUCCAGGCUGCCCUCCAACUGCUGAGGCUUUACUUUAUGGACUCCUCCAACUGCAGAAGAAGAUCAAUAGGCGCAAGGACUUCCUCCAUUGGUGGACACAGUGAGGUCGAUUAAGUUUGGCACCAAGCUAUUUUAUAAUAAGCAAUUCAUGGUUGUUUUACCUUGCUAUGAAUCACCCUUUGUUUGGUGGAUAUUCUGUUGAUAUGUUACCUUAUUUCUGUAUGUUCUAUGUGGAGUUUUUUGGGGGCUUAAGGUCUCGGAGAAUUUGAAUGUUUCUUAUAAAUGCUUCUUAUGUACCUGGGAUUAAACAAACCACUAUGUUUGGCUCAUAAGUUACUAUGUUUAUGUUUUGACAA